AUGAGUUUCCAAGAUCUUGAGGCUGCUACUCCGCAGCAACAACGACAACCCAUUUACUCGAAUUCAAUUCAGAAGCAAAGACAACGAGCAGCAUAUCAAUAUCAAUAUCAAGAUCAAGAUCAAAGUCAAAAUCUUUACGAGCCUUCUCAGGCUGUGUCUGCUGGGAUUUUCCAAAUCAAUACCGCCGUCUCCUCCUUUUUCCGCCUAGUCAAUUCCCUCGGCACCCCUAGAGACACCCUUCAACUCCGUGACAAGCUGCAUAAGUCACGGGCACAUAUUGGGGAGUUGGUGAAAGAUACUUCAGCCAAACUUAAGCAAGCCAGUGAAAAUGAUCAGCAUGCCCAAGUUAGUGUUGUCAAGAAGAUUGCUGAUGCUAAGCUUGCAAAGGAUUUCCAGGCGGUUCUUAAAGAAUUUCAGAAGGCUCAGAGGCUUGCAGCUGAAAGGGAAACAACAUUUGCUCCUUUUGUUCCCAAAGACGUUCUGCCAUCCAGUUAUCUUGCCCAUGAGCAGGAGAUGAGUUCAACUACAAGUUCCAAACAGCAAGCUCUUCUGCUAGAAUCAAGAAGACAAGAGGUUUUACUGGCGGACAAUGAGAUCGCAUUCAAUGAAGCUAUUAUUGAAGAAAGGGAGCAAGGGAUCCAAGAAAUUCAACAACAGAUCAGUGAGGUUAAUGAGAUUUUCAAAGAUCUAGCUGUCCUGGUCCAUGAUCAAGGAGCUAUAAUCGAUGAUAUUGGCUCUAACAUUGAGAACUCUCAUACUGCAACUGUGCAAGCCACCUCCCAACUUGUGAAAGCAUCUAAGAUCCAAAGAUCUAAUUCAUCUCUGGAACACAAUUUCACCUUAAGUUUAGCUGGAUUGAUUCAUCUGUGA